CCGAAAUUGUAGUUAUCCCAUAUGCAUAUAUAUAUAUAUAUAUAAAUAACAAACAGUAGGAUAUAUAUAUAUAUACAUAUGUCCCAUGUUUGAUAGUUUAAGCUUUUAAUGAAUAAUUUGUUACGGUUUUCAAGCCCGCGGCUUUAUUUUUUGCGGAAAAUGAUACAACAAAAGGCCCACAUAAAAUAGAAAGGUCACAUCUUCGUUCACACCCCAUCCUUCAUCGUGGCAAGCCAUGGAUGUUGUGUGUGCCUAUUAUGUACAUAGAUCCAAUGAAGACAUAUGUGAUGAAUUACCUUUGUGAAUUAAUCCUUUAUCAGACAAUAAUGCAUAGCUGAUAUGGAAUAUUAUCUAUAUUUACACUAACAUAUUGUCUGUUUAUGUAUCAUUAUUCCUCCAUUAUAGGUUUUGUGUUCUGAGUUCUGAUAGAUUGGGUAAUUGUUUCAAGGGACAUGACUCGGAUGGAACUUAUAAGGUAACUAACAGAGGUUACAAGAUGCCAAGAUACCUUGUGCCGACAAGUCGAAAAAUACUACGUUAAAUGACCCUCCACAAUCAUCGCUACUCAGCUGUGAUGCACCUCCUAGUUACCCUGUAUGUGUCGCUAGUGCUGUCAGGCAGCACCUUAGCUGCCAGAAUGACCUCCUCCAGCUUCGCGGGCAUGAGGGGCAAGAAGGUCAUGCUCCCUUUCGCCGAAGAGGACGAGGACAUAUUGUCCAAAAGGGUACCUGCAGGCUUCAUGGGGCUUAGGGGUAAAAAGGAUCCAUGGAGGUUACCAGCGGUUGAUACUUUGUUCAAGAGGGCGUUGCAAGGAUUCAUGGGGCUAAGAGGGAAGAAGGAGGAGACUGUGGCUGAGUAUGAAUUCGAUAGGAAGCGAGCUCCUUCAGGAUUUAUAGGAAUGCGGGGUAAAAAGAGGACAUUCCUGACCUCGUCGUUUCGACCCUCCAAGGGAGACUACAGUGACAAGAGGGCGCCCUUCAUGGGCAUGAGAGGCAAGAAAGGUGAAUUCAUGGAUGCCAAGAGAGUGCCCUCAGGAUUCUACGGGUUAAGAGGAUGACACAUAGACUCUUCCCGCUUCUCAAUGGAAGACAAUUCCUGAAGCUGUUUCUCUUACGCUACAGCUGCUGCAACUUCAACAUCACUACAAAUUAACUGAAAUCAAUUAGCAUAAUAUAUGUAAUUAUAUACCUCGUUAUUGAACUUAAGAUUUAUGUUAGCAAUGAAAUAUGUAACCUUGGAUCUUCUUUAAUGGCUGGAUAACGGAUAUUCAAGGACUCUGUAUUCCUUUCAAGUUAUGCAUAUUUUAUCGAAUAAAUGUUCUGCAGGUUAUAGCCGUCUACAAAUGAGUGCAUUUACUUACAUCGUAGUGAAUUCUUAAGCAUAUAGUGAUUCCGAUACAAGUCAAGCUCCGGGGAGGUUAUUGCUUGCAAC